UUUCAUUUUUGGGAAAGUACUGUACACUUUACUCUUCUUAUCCGCAAACAUAAAAAUGACUCCGAGUUUGGGUUUCUUGAUCCUCUUCUGAACUUGAUAGCACACACACCAGGCAUACACGGAUUGAUUCAAUUGAAUCUUACAAAUCAUAUUUUCUUCCAUCUAAAACAGGAUCCAUGGAGAGGCUUAUACAUACAAACCCUAUCCCCAGUUCAACCAAGCAGCUCCACCGACCCUUUCUCCCUCGAUUACAUUCUUUCAAACCCACCACAAUUUUAUCAUCAAAACCCAACUCCAAGACCCAUAUCUCCGUGUCUUGCAAUCGCCCUUUUUCUCCCUUGGCUUCCACAUUUCAAGAGUCUCAGAAUCAACUCUCUGUUUUGCCACAUGGGUCGCCUCCGAAACCUCAUUCUAUACACCAACUUGCUCAUACGUUCUUUCAGCAGAAAAAGGCAGUUGUGGCUCGGACUGUAAUACUAUUCUCAGCUACCUUGCUGCUAUUGAUCCAACCCUUAUUCCUGUCACCAGCAUUUGCCUCGUUUCCUACUGCUGGUCCAGCUGUUGCUACAGCGGGGACUAGGUUCUUCCAAAAUGAGAUUUUGACUAGUGCUUGGACAGGUCUUUUUGCUGGUUGCUUACACACCCUAUCUGGACCUGAUCACCUUGCUGCUUUGGCACCACUCUCCAUCGGACGCACUCGGAUGGAAAGUGCUGCGGUUGGGGCUCUUUGGGGCUGUGGUCAUGAUGCCGGACAGGUCAUUUUCGGUUUACUCUUUCUUCUGCUGAAGGACCGCCUGCACAUUGAAGUUAUUCGUACUUGGGGAACUAGAGUGGUUGGUUUGACUCUUCUCGUCAUUGGUGCAAUGGGAAUAAGGGAAGCUUCAGAAGUCCCUACCCCGUGUGUGGCCCUUGAAAAUGGGGAAUGUGAUGUUAGUGCCUAUGAAGCCUUAGAGGAUCCCACCGCAGGUAAAAAGAAGAAGAUAGGUUUUGCAACUUUUGCAACUGGGAUUGUUCAUGGGUUGCAACCUGAUGCACUUCUGAUGGUUUUGCCUGCACUUGCUUUGCCUUCGCGCCUGGCUGGUGCUGCGUUCUUGGGUAUGUUUCUGGUUGGAACUGUAAUUGCAAUGGGAAGUUACACAGUUUUUAUUGGAACAUGCAGUGAAGCACUUAAGGAUAGGAUCCCCAGAAUAACGGAAAAGCUGACCUGGGCUUCUUCCCUUAUAGCUAUUGCUUUAGGAUUAGGCAUAAUUAUAAGUCAGUUUUUCGGGUUUAGUAUCUACUGAUUUAUCUCAUUUACCCUUCUCUAUGUUUCAGUAAUUAGUGAAAGAUUUUUAAAGGUAGAAGUCAUCCUAUUACUUCUUUAUCAUCCUCUCUGGUAUGAAAAUCUUCAUAUUUAUUGUCUUUA